GGUAAUGAGAGCUCAGCUGCUGAGAUGUUUGGAGGGUCACUUAACUGUUUGGGGGUGAAAGUAGAGAGGAAAUGAAAAGAUGCAGCAGAUGCAUGGACACAAUCAAGAAAGAUUAAUUUGAUGAAAAGCCAUGAAUAAAGGGAAAGAACAGAGGAAAUUUAAGGCCAGAGCAACUACAGGAAUCUAAGACAAAAGCCAAAAAGGCACAGCGAGAGGAUUCGACUAAAGGAAGAGUGAAAAGGAGAUUAUUCUGAGAUAGGGACAGUGAAGAAGUGUAAAAAGUAAGAAUAACAAGGAGGUAAAAGAGGAGAUUGAAAAAAAAGUUGUAUCAGGAUGAAGAGUGAGAGGAAGGCAGUGCUGGCCAUCACAGAAAACAUUGAGAUGGAGCUGUUCUCCUCAGAGGAGUCCUGUGUGGUGAUAGCAGCACAGGAGAAGGAGGAAGUGCACAACUCUGAGACACGCGCUGAGCAUCCUCUGGUCCCUGACUAUGAGGAGGAACCGGAGCUGCAGAUUCAGACCCAACCCAGGCAGCAGGUCAAGCUCAGGUCAGAGCCUCCCCACAAGGAAGAAGCCAGACACUGUGCCCCCAUCCUGGUAUUCAUGGAGGAAAUUGAGAUAGAAAUGGAGGUAUUUCCACCUCUCAGGGUAUCUGAGAGUGCGCUGGUGGAGAUAAAGUCAAACGAUUCCUCUCUGUCGUCCCCAAACAAAGCCAGUCGUCUCAAAUGGAAGAGACUCACUCCGCAGAAGACAGGACUGGUAGUCAAAGAUGUGGUCUGUUUACCCAGAGGACACCACCUGGCUCACCUGGAGAGACACAUUGCUCCACACCGCAAAGAACGAACAGCUCUGACAGCCAUGGGGAUGACCGCUCGCAUCACCAUUGACUAUGGCUGGUCGGCCAAUCAGAUGCAGAGUCGGCUGGCGAUGCUCUUCCGGGGACGGUUUGUAAAACGGGCGGGACAGAGGUUCUCCUUCACAUACUUACAGUGUGUGCAGGGCUCCAGGGUGCUUUUUGUCCCAGACACCCCUGCCGACGGCUGGACCGGCGAGCAGGUGCUCAGGAUCUCUGCACACGGUGAUCUGUACAUCCUCAGCCACCAGGACCACCCACAGGCAGAAUCUCAGAGCUCUAGGAGUGAGACACCUGUGCUGAGCAGGAAGGAGUUCUGUCUGGAGGCCAGCACAGAGAGCUGCCUGGGUGAAGAUGAGCAGCUGGGAAGACAGAACCAGCCUCACGUUGGCAGCAGCAGCACCGAGGAGUUUGCACUCGACCUGGACACCAUCCUGAGACUGUUUAGAGAGGAGAACACGGAUCGAGAUGCAGAAACCCACAUCCAUGUGAGGAGGAGAGACCUGCUGGACAGCGCUCUGAAGGAGGUGAGGAGGCCCGGUUUCUGCUUCAGGACAACACCCAUCGUCUCCUUCAGUGGGGAGGAGACUGAGGGCCACGAGGGACCUCUCAGAGAGUUCUUCAGACUGACUUUGCUGGAGCUGCAGGAAAGCUCUGUGUUUGAAGGUCUCCCAGGGCGUCUUUUCUUGACCUAUGACCUCGCUGCUCUCGAAGACAGGAAGUAUUACGAAGCAGGCCUUCUGAUUGGCUGGUCUCUGACUCAGGGAGGGCCUGGACCUCGUUGUCUGCACCCUGCACUGUACCAGUCAAUGUGUGGCCAGAAUCCAUCUUUGGAGGACAUCAGCUCGAGUGACAUUGUUGAUGCUGAAGCACAGAUAAGACUGCAACAGCUGCGUAGUUGUACUGAUGUGAAGCUGCUGUCUCCCACUCUGUGUGACUGGGUGUCAAACUGUGGGAUCUCUGGAAUCUAUUCAGCCCAUUCUGAUGAAAUACCAGCCAUUUAUAUCCGCCUGGUCAAACAUUAUAUUUUCCACAGGGUGGCCAGUAUGAUCUCCCAGUUCAAAGAGGGGCUGAACAGCUGUGGUGGGCUGUGGAGUAUGGUGGAGUCCCACUGGGAGGCGUUUGAGCCGGUGAUGACCAGCACACAGCAGCAGCCUCUGACCCUGGAAGCGUUCAAACAGCUUUUCACUGUCUGCUACGGCCGUCCAGACAGCGAGCUGAGGGCAGCUGAGGAAGCAACAGUCCAACACUGGGACACGGUCCUGAGCUUGGUCAGCGAUGGUCAGGCGGAUUUUUCCUUUGAAGACCUCCUCGCCUUCAUCACAGGAGUUGAUCAUCUGCCUCCUCUUGGGUUCCCCAGACUGAUCUGUCUGCAUUUUUACUCUCAGGACGUGAACAUGUCAGGUGUGCGUUUGCCCUUCGCCUCCACCUGUGCCCUGGAGCUCUUCCUGCCGAGGGGAGCUGCAGGCGCUGCAGACCUGCUGAUGCUGCUGAGUAGAGCUGUGCGCGAGGCCUCAGGCUUUACAUGUUUGCAGACAGAAGGAGAUGUAGGGGACAGCUGCAUACAAGUGAGGACAAGGUGCUGAAGCUGACUUUGUGGAGCUUAAAGUUUCCUGCAGGAUAUGAACAAUGUGACUGAGAAAAAAGCCACAACACAGUUUGAGACUUUGGUGCUGAUCUGUGAGCUGCUCAUCACGUUAGUCACUGUAACUCAUGAGACCCGUUUGUGUCAUUUUGGGCUUUCUUCCUUCAGAGCUGGGUUUAUAUGUCAGCUGUGUAAUUCUAGCAAUGUCAGGAAACAAUCAUGUGUUUUAAGAAGAGUAGGAUGGAAUGGUUAAUUAAUUAAUUCAUGUUUUAAUUUUUUAAAAAGUGAUUAUUCCAGUAGACUUUAGCUGCAAUUUCCAAUAUCACAAACUUCCAAUACAUGGUGGCAAUUUACAGGAUAGUUUGUUUUAAUACUUAUUUCACAUUUUGUAUUGUAUUUCUGCUGUUGUUUAUAAUUUCAUAAACUAGGAAAUAUUUUACGCUAUUCACAGAUAAAUUUUCACUUGAUAUUGGCCAGUUUUAUUUUUUCAACUGAUCUCCACAAUGUAUAGAGUUUUUGUAAUUGUAAUUAUCUUUGUUUCACAAUCAGAUGUUGAAUAAAGUUUGUUUUCAAAGGAUCUAUGAAAAACAAA